UCUCUCGAAUAAAACCUCGAACACAUUUAAACUCUCCAUUAAAUUUGUUGAUAUAUUUGCCUCUAAUCCUGGGUGAAACCUAACCAAACAUUCCCAAUAAGUCAAAAAAAAUGUCAAGCACCACCAAGAUUUUCAAACAAAACUCCUUUAUUUCGCAAAACCAGGACAUAGACGAGCUACAAUUCGAUCAAACAGUCAUUUUAAAUGAAGCAUACAUCUCCAAAGUCCCUUUUGUGGAAUACAUCCAGGAAGAGGAACAAGACGAGCCAUAUGAUGAAGUUUAUCCGUUCGUAAACUCUUACUACAGCCACAUAGAAGACGCUGACCCUUUAAGCAAAGUGAAUGCUGUCCUCGCCAAACCGGAAAUCCUCGAGAACCAAAGGGAGAAGUAUUUGGAUUUGUCUGGACCCACUUACGACGCUUACUCAGAACGUGAUGCUCAAAUAAGAUAUUUACAAUCUCGUCCGUUAUGUUUCAUCAUACUGGGCAAACCUGACAUUGGCCAGCAAGAACUCGGAAGAGAACUGGCCAAUUUUUGGAAAUGUGUCUAUAUAGAACCCCAGACCCUUAUAGAGGAAGAAAUAGAAUCUGGAUCAAAGACCGGAGAGUGUAUUGACUUUAAUUUGAGACUAGGGCGGGCGGUAGGGAUCGAUGUAAUACUCAAAUUGGUGAAGAAGAAGGUCGAGUCGGCAACGGCCAAGCACAGGGGGUUCGUCUUAUGUGGUUUGCCAGUUAUUUCAAAUGACCUGUAUCAGGAUGAUCCAGUGACCACUGAAUCUGCCAUUUUUGCCGCUAAGGAGGUUUUCCAGGAUAUUUUUGAUAAAAGUAUUGGGGAGUCAGGAAAAACAGAUCCUCCUCCAGGACCUCCAUCAUCAAAACCAAACAGCGAACACACCUCCACCCAAGGCGGGUCAAAAAACACCGAGAGCAGCACCCAGGGCAACUCCACGUCCACCAUGAGCGACCAAGAGACGACUUUUAACAAAAACUACCAGCAGCAGCUGGAUUUCUUGUUUGCUUUAAUGCAAGACCCAUAUUUCAUCAUCUACAUCCAUUGUGGCACCAUGGACGUCCUGAGCAAGAGAGACAGCUAUCGCUUCGACGUUACUUCUCGUGAAAUGAUCGAUCUGCAGCGCAGAAGGUACAACAGCAUCUUGAGCAACCUCCCUGAGGAAGAACGUGUCGGUUUUGUAGACGAUACGUCCGAGAACGAUUUAUUGAAUGAAGAGUUUAGGUUAAGCUCCUUGGUGAAGCUUCCGCGUGACUUUAAGGCGAACGUUUCGACGCAACUGGACCAGUACUACUAUGUGGCAUUCAAUUUUAUCCAAGACAGAAUCCUGGCGCAUAGUCCCGAGUACUACUUGCGUGUAGACGGGCGCACUUGCAUCACCAGGAUGUUCAGCAUCAUCAAAUCCAGACUGCAAGUGAUGAACGUGCAACCGGCAUUGAUCCCUUAUCGUUUAAUCGAUCCUGACUUGGAGAUGUACUACAAAACUGUGACCAUACUAGGAGAAGAUCCUGACGGAUCACAAGCUGAUCCAGACGAAUCCAAGAACGUCACACCUGAGGAAUGCUUCAAGCAGUUCAGAAGACGUCACGCGCCAAGUGAGUCAUACUUGUGGAGUUUGAGCCCAUGGGAGGUUUUAUGCCCGGUUUCAAUGACCAUGGGCAGAAUCAUCAAAGGCAGCGCCAAGUACCCAGUGCAGUUUAUGAACAAGAUAUUCUUCCUAGCAGACGAGGAGGCUUAUAAGAAAUUCUACGAGAACCCUCGCCCCUACUUGUUGCCACCCUACCCGAGAACCACUUGCAGAAUUUUCAUUUUUGGUCCGAAACUGAGCGGACGUACAGCCUUAUCCCAUUGCCUCGCAUAUUACUUGGACGCCACAGUACUUUCAGUGGACAAAAUGUUGGAACAGUUCAUGAAGCAGCGCCAAGGCGAGUACCUGGAACAAUUACGCAAAAAAGCCAUCCAAGAGGGAAUCGCUUUGCUCAACCAAAAACGUAAGGCGGAAGUCGAAUCUUUGGAGAAGGAACGAGUGGAAAAGAUCAAAGAGUGGGUCAAAGCGGUGAUCGAACUCCUGCAGCAAAUGUCUGCUAUACAAGACGAACUGGAGCGCGAAGAAAAGAAGGAGAAGCUGGAGAUCUCCUCUUUUCCUAUGGCAAUGAAACGGGUGCAAACCGCCGACGUGAUUGAAGACUCGGAGCAAGCGGUUGCUCUGAGUAAAAUCCGUGAGCAGUUGCAAGAGAUGUGCGUGCCCAUAUACAAACUAGAUAUUCCCGUUUGGAAAUCGUAUAUCACUGAACGGAAGAAGCUUUUGCAGCAUUUACCUGCUGAGCUCGCGCAAAAGCACCAUGCCCAACCUGCUAACCAGCGAGACCAAUUCGUCAAGGAUUACGUAAAUGAAGUGCUGGCAAACGCUGGAUUAGACAGCCUCCAAAUAACCGGCGGUAGCAUCAGAGAUAUGUUCAUAGAGCACAUUUUAGAGGCAGAAGAGAGUUUCCAGAAAAAGGGUUAUGGUCCUGGUGGCUGGAUCAUUGACGGGAUGAUGUUAAACUUGAAGAUUCUUCAGGAUUUCGCUCCAGAUUAUUUGGGAGAUGACGUCAUUGUCCUUAGGGACGACGGGAGCUUUUUGGAGAAUAACUUUAAGGAGCGCACAAGCACCUUUUUUAGGGACUACAAGGGGUUUUUUAAGGAGAUCGGCCUGGAUGACGUGGCUUGGAGGUGUGCCUCUGAGAUGUCCACUCAGUCCUACAAAGAGGGGAUGGCAAAGGGGUUUUUAACGGAAAUUUUGGAGCAUCAAGAGUUCUACGACCCUCCUGAUGACGACUCUCUUGAGCCCAGAGUGAUCGAGUACAAAAUAAAUCUCGAAAGGUUCACAAGAGAGUGGAGGGACAUUGAAAGGUUUUACUUGGAGCACCAGAUAACCCCAAUUGAAAUUGACCUUGCAGGGAAAUCCUUGCCGGAGCUGUUUCAUUACACCAUAAAAACCCUUGAGGCUAAGUAUAAUUAUAAAGCGAAACCCUUGACUGAAGAGGACCGGGCAGAAGAAGUGAUGACCCUAGAUCACUCGAUGUCCGAGCAUUUUGGGGAAGAAGAUACCACUUUGGUGGAACUGAAACCUGAUGUGAGUGAAACUUUACGCAAGUAUGGAGAAACUUUAGACUUCUGUCCAGUGAGUUUUAUUGAACACUUUGUCUUGUGGCGCGGUAAAGAAGACUUUGCUGUCAAGUAUAAUGAGAAGGUCUUCCUCAUGGCCACAGCUGAAGAUAUGCAGAAAUUCCUCGCUGACCCUCUGAAAUAUUUACCUCAAGGGUACACCACGAAAUUUCCACCCCUAAGAGUGUGUGUCCUAGGGGUAUCUGGCUGUGGCAAGUCACGCGUGGCCAAAAAAAUAUCAGAAAACUACGGAUUAAUUUAUCUGGACUAUGACGAAAUACUAAAAAACCACUUUGGGGUGCCAACAGAAGAGACCCUCUUCAGCACCAAAAAUCCGCUACUACUAUCCUACUUAAACUCCCAAUCUGCUUUACCAAAAAAUCUUACUCCAGACGUCUCCCACUACUGGCUCAAAGAACCUUUCAGAACCCACGGGAUAGUACUGGAUAAUUUCCCCAAAACCCAUUUUGACGUAGACCUAAUGAUCGCUCAGAAACUGAUCCCCGAUGUGAUCCUGUACCUCCAAGCGGACGACAUUUAUUUGAAAACGAAAAUCCUCGAUAUGAACCUGAAAACGUGGCAAGAAGAGAUGGAGAAGCAACGAAUAGAGAACGAACAGAAGCACAGCAAGGCGUUGGAAAGAUGGCGCGAGAAACGCUCCUUAAGGUUCAACGAGCUCAUAGAAGAGCGAAGAGAAGUCAGGUACAAUACCGCAAAAGUGAAAACCUCUGAACAAGCCAAAUCAGACACGGAAGACUUAAAAGGGGUUUCUUUGGUCAGCUUUGAUUCAGUGGCGGACCAACAGGAUAUUGAUGAAGUAAACAAGAUCCUGGACAACGAGUUUCCUGCCAUCAUUUAUGACACCCCCGUGGAACAACCGGAAGUUUUCAUUUCAAAGACUGAACCAGUGAUUUACAGUAAAAUUCAAGCUGACAUUGCUGCUAUAAGCCUUAUAAGGGACAAAUGCUUGAGAGAGACCAUCAAUUUCCAAGAGACCCCUUUGAACUUGGACCAUAUAGACAAAACUGAGAUGGCAACGUUCUUGAUGAUUGAUCCAUUAAAGUUCCGCAGCUUCGAAGCAUGCUAUGAGGUAUCAUUGGAAAUGGCUGAGCAGCUUUUGAGCCUCGGCUAUAUGUUCUUAAGUAAGUUUGGGAAGUUUUGCCCUGUGCAGUACUACAACCAAGAGAUCCCUUAUCAGAUGUAUCGGGUGGCUGAGGACAAUGGGGAGUUAUACGCAAUCAUUCAUAGGAGCUACAUAUACUUCAUAGUAAGUGCUGAGUCAAAAGAGCUGUUUAAAAAAGACCCUCUGAAGUAUAUUAAUGUGAAGUUUAAUCUACCACUGCUAAGCUAUAAAGUGGCAGUGACAGGACCUCCGAAGUGUGGUAAAACCACCUUAUGCCAAAGGAUCCGGAGGGAGUUAGGGUUCGAAGUGGUUUCAAGAGGUCAGGCAGCCAGAUACGUCUUGAAGUACCUCUUCCAAUCGGACUUGGCAAAAAACAUGGAAUCAGUACUAAGAAAAGGCUGGGAGCUCACUGAUGAGAUGGUCAUAAGAUCGGUGGAGGCGGCCACUAUCACUCCUAAAGCUAUCACUCAAGGGGUAGUCUUUGACGGCUUUCCAAACAACUUAAAUGAAACCAGACAUCUGGCUUAUAUGGAUUUGGUGCCCAAUUUGGUCAUCGACUUAAUAGCCACCAAAAAUCAGGUUGCUCAAUGCUUAAGCAACGAUACAGAAGGAAAAAAUGGCAUACCAAAGUUGGGAAGACGGUUUAUCUGUCAUUUGUACGCCCAAUGGGCCAACGAAUCCUCCAGUUUCCGCAAAUGGUUCGACGAGGAAUACCAGGCGACGGUGCGCCUGCCCAUCGAUAAGUCCUUGUGGGACUUAUGGAAUGAAAGCAAAAAGUACAUCCUGAGCACCAUAUUCGAAAUCAAUCACUAUUAUAAGAAUAUCAUGCAAGAUUGGCCGUUGCGUUUGGGAAACUUGCUGGUGACCCCCUUGGAGUUCAUUGAGCGUCAGAGUGCCUUCAAAAGUUACUGUCCGGUGUGUUUACACUUGACCAAUAGCUUACUGAAUGGCGGAGAGCCUCCUGAUAGAACUGGCGUGGUCCAGUAUAGAAAUCAUUUUUACUGGAUAUGCCAGGAGCAUAUCGAGGUGUUCCUGAAAACCCCUGAACUGUAUUUACCGCCGUAUAAUAAACACAAGAUGCCCCCGAGCGUCCCCAAGAAGGUCACAUUUAUUGCUAUGCCCCUUAACGUCUACGAAAAUGGGGCCUGCGCGGUCUGUUAUAAAAUCCAAAGGAUUCUCACUGAAGGAAAGCUUACUUUGGCGGUCACGUACGAUGAUAAAGUGUAUUUGUUUGACACCAAGGAGUGUUUCAAUGAUUUCAUGAGAAGCCCCACGAAAUUCUUGCUAGGAAUCGAGUUCAAAGCCCCUAAUUAUCCUGAAUUAAAGUACAGAGAAUUACCAAUUUUAGGCCUUCUGGAGCAAUAUGUUGCAAAGUAUAUCGUGCAAGGAUUAUGCCAAAUUACCAAGAGAAGACCGGUGCUGCCUGGACUAAGCAUUUCAGCUUCGGCCCUAAUAGGCUUAGGGCUUUUUUUGAAAGUGAAAAAUGAACAACCCAGCCAACUGAGGCCGUACUAUGAAGAAGGGAUGCGACUGUACAACCAGAGGAGAGAAAAUCUUAUAAAAUAUCUGGACAUGAUGAAAUAUUACAGAAAUCCUUAUGUGCACUAUGAGGAGCCUUUGCCUCCUUUUGUGUUACCUCCGCCCACUCCAAAGACUCCAAGUGUGACCACCGUGGUGUCCAGGAUUGUCGAUGAAUGUGUUGAUAAUAUGAAGUUUUUUGAAAGGGCCGAUAGUUAUCAGGACACUUUUGAGGAAUAGUUAGGUGUACUGUAUUAGUGAUAUUAGAGUUUUAUGGAAAAGAUACUUAUUUUCAUUAGGGUCGAUGGUGCAGAAAGGAAAAUUCUCCGCUGCAGCGGAACUCUUGGUCAGCACGUUGAAAAACGUCGAUUUUCCAACGUUCGGUACUCCAACGAUGCCAACUUUCAAAUUGGUGCCCACACGACCGAUCAUCGGUUUCCUCUCUGGUUCUUGGACCUUUUUGGGUGGCAUACUAAAAGUAAAAAAAAAAAUAAUUACAGUUAGAAAAUGUAAUUCUAUUUUUGGUAAAUAGUCAAUUGGACUAUAUAUGAGUGAUGUCCUCAAAUGCCUGGAAGAACCAAAUUAUUAAGUUCUUCCAGGCAAUUGGAUUAAAUGAGCUUUAAUUUGAUGUAUAACUAAGGGGGUUGAUAGGAGAAAUUGAGAAAGAAAAUUAGGGUAGAACUUAGGGGGGGGUUAGAUCAGGUGUUCCAGGAACUAAUUUUUAAAAAAAUCCGAAAAUUUCGAAAAUAUGGCCACGAUGUUUAUAUCAUUGGAAAGGGAUUUAACUGAGCCUUUAAGUUGAUGUAUACCUAGUUAAUCUAGUAGGUAAAUCUAUGAUAGAGGAAUUAGGGUGGACCUAAGGGAAGGUUAGAUGAGGUGUUCCUGGAAGUAAUUUAAAACUAUUUACGGAAAUUUUGGGAAUAUGACCAUCAUGUUUGUAUAUUUAAACUUUAAAAUUGUAAGCAUACAUCACACAACUUUUUAUACAGCAAAAAUAUUAUAUUGUUAAAAAAUUAGUCGAACACCACAUAUUAUUAUGUAUAAUGCCUUUUAUGGUUCCAUCUAUCAUUAUUUCUUGUGCAACUUCAACUUUUACAUAUUCAAUUUUUAUGAUAUUACAAUUUGUAUUGUAGAACAUGAGUAAUAUCCUCAACUGCCUGGAAGAACCAAAUUAUUAAGUUCUUCCAGGCAAUUGGAUUAAAUGAGCUUUAAUUUGAUGUCUAAUGGGGUUGAUAGGAGAUUUUUACGGAAAUUACGGUAGAACUUAGGGGGGGUUAGAUCAGGUGUUCCUUGAAGCAAUUUUGAAAAAAUUCCAAAAAUAUGGCCACGAUGUCUAUAUCAUUGGAAAGGGAAUUAACUGAACCUUUAAGUUGAUGUGUAAUUAAUCUAAUAGGUAAAUCUAUGAUAGAGAAAUUAGGGUGAACCUAAGGAAAGGUUAGAUCAGGGUUCCUGGAAGGAAUUUAAAAAUAUUUACGGACAUUUUGGGAAUAUGGCCAUCAUGUUUGUAUAUUUAAACUUUAAGUUUGUGAGCAUACAUCACACAACUUUUUAUACCUACAGCAAACAUAUUAUAUUGUCAAAAAAUUAGUUGUACACCCAUAUUAUUAUGUAUAGUUCCUUUUAUGGUUCCAUCUAUCAUUAUUUCUUGUGCAACUUUAACUUUUACAUAUUAAAUUUUUAUGAUAUUACAA